AUGCCGGUUCUGAAGCAGCUGGGCCCCGCGCAGCCCAAGAAGCGGCCGGAGCGCGGCGCCCUGUCCAUCUCCGCGCCGCUCGGCGACUUCCGGCACACGCUGCACGUGGGGCGCGGCGGCGACGCCUUCGGGGACACUUCGUUCCUGAGCCGGGCCGGGGCCGGGGCCAAGAAACCGCCGCUGCGCACGGCCGCGGCCGUCAUCCAGCGCAUCCGCUGGGACCCGCGCCUCGACCCGGCCGACUUCUCGGUGGGCUACGCCGACCGCUUCCUAGGCGUGCGCGAGGAGCCUUUCGGCGCCUUCUGCUGGGACGAGCCGCUGGCGGCGCUUGGGCCCGGAGUCCUGGCCGUGCCGCAGCACCGGGUGCGCUACUUCCGCUUCCGCGGCCGCAUCGUGUGGGACCGCGCCUCGCGCACCGACCUCGUCUUCGGCUCGGGCUCGGCGGCGGGCCGCGGGCCCACCAUCCUGGACGCGCUGGGCGGCGGGGGCGCGCACGACGGCGGCGAGGACGCGCACGACGGAUGUGAGGUCACCCACGGCGGCGGCGAGGACGCGCACGACGGCGCAGACGCGCAUGGCGGCGGGGGCGCGCGCAGCGCUGAGGACGCCCGCGGCGGCGGGGGCGCGCACGGAGGGGUCGCUGCCGCUCCCGCUGACACCGGAACCGGGCUGGAGGCCAGGGAGCGGCGCAGGGCCGAAGGCCAGGCUUCCCCGUGGACAGCGCUGGAAAGGGUGCUGAAGCCGGCCGCCACGGGCAGGGCCACGGAGCCACACAGUGGGGCGGCACAGGCAGCGCCGGGACGAACCCCCGCACGAGGUUUUCCGGAGACGGAAGCAGAGUGGGGUCCUGGCGCCUGGCCCUCGGAAGGCAGAGGGACGGCUGGAGCCGGGGCCGCCGCGCCUCGCCAGCCCCGCCCCACGCAUUUUGUGGCUCUCAUGGUGACUGAUCCCGGGCUGCAGGCGGGGGUGGCCAAGGCCCAGGAAGAGCUGGUUCGAGCCGCACCCUCGUGUGCUGCGUUCGUGGUACCCGCGGGGGCCCUACACCUGACACUAGCCCUCCUGAGGCUGACAGGCCCCGGGGAGGUAGCCGCCGCAGUGGGUGCACUAAGACGCGCGCUCCUGGCCCCAGGAUUUCAGGCACCCCCGCAGCUGAGCUUUAGGAGCCUGCUUCUCCUGGGGCAGCAUGUGCUCUGUGCCCCCCCCUCCCCCUCCCUGGAAGAUACGGCCCAAGUGCUGAGACAGAGGCUGGAAGCCGAGGGGCUCAGAGUAGUACAGCCCCUGGAGGGGCUACACCCCCACCUCACCCUAGCCAAGGUGCCCCACGGAUCGCAAGUCGGCCUCCCGCAGCCUGGGUUCAGCCCAAGGCAGGAGCUGGGGAGCCAGACCCUAGGGGAAGUCUGGCUGUGCCGCAUAGGCAGGGCAGGGGACACCUACCAGCCUCUGGCUGAGCUGCCCCUGGGAUGACGGUCCCCCCAGACCUCUGCAGGAGA